UUUGAAGAAAACAAACGUGCGACGGGAAGUUGCCUAUCAGUUUGUUUGCUUCUACCUGAAAUCACCAUCGACAAACCAGACGGUCACAGUCAUAACUCUGCAGCCACGGACCCAGAUACAAGUGAUUUACUCUUUUGAGACAGAUACACUAACCCUUUGUUCAACAAACACACACGUGUGUGUUGCCACCUUUCCGUACCAAUACAAGGUGUGAGUGAUGACCAUCGCAUCUUUCAAAGACAAAGGAGUGACUGUGGCGGCUGACAGUAAGAGCAUGUUACCGCCGCUGUGUCAGAUCCUCAAGUCUCUUUGCUACAGUCCCAUGUGCUGCUCAGUGUACAAGGGGCUGAUGCAGACCAAUGUGACUGCAGCUCUUGGGACUAUACAGAUCAUGGUGGGCCUGUUCAACAUCGGACUGGUGCCAGGACGAACAUACAUGUAUCCCAAGGAUCUGACCAGCCUGGGAGUUGCUUACUGGCUGGGUGCUGUGUUCAUCAUAGCUGGAAUCAUGUCCAUUCUUGCCGGCCGGUUGUCCUCCAUUUGCUUGGUGGGCUUUGCUGUGUUUGUGAACAUAGUCGGCUCUAUCUUCGCCAUUGUUGGCAUUGCGCUGAAUGCCAAAGAUCUGGCAGAUGCCCCUGCCAUCAGGAUUUGUGACCUGUACAUUGGUCACAGUUAUUAUGGCGACUGCGAAAAUGUGGCAUAUUAUGUGCAGCGCUUGUUGACAACCAUGGACAUUACUAUGAUCGUUCUGGCUGUUCUUCAGCUGUGUGUCUGCAUCAGCUUUGCUGUUCUGGGCAUCAAGGCUGUGGUCAACAGACAGAAGGAAGAGGGUGAUGUUGAAGAUCAGCAGCAACAAUUGAAUGCAGUCCUCCUGACCAAUCCUUGUGCCUAAAAACAAUCCAACUAAGCACAUGGAAGCAUGACUAUGAGGCAUUUUAAUACUUGUGCUUUUACACUCACUUUCUGAAAGUAAUCAAACUGAUUUAUAUCACAUAAGGACACAUUUUUCUGUGUUUAAGUUUGUUCUUUCUGCUUGUCAAUAACUUUUUGAAGUUAACUUGAUUCAAUAAAACAUUCAAAAUGCUACAAAAAUACCCUUAGAGACAUUUCAGCUGUAUUGGUAAAGCCAGAUAUUUUUAAAAUCUCAGCAGAUAACUAUGUGCACCAAAAGGGGUAACUGAAAGUGUAGGUUUUUAGUGUAUUGCUCAAUUAAAGCACCACAAUCUGUACCAGCGUUUUUAUGGCAGUUCAAGUUCAAGGAAGAAGUGUGCUUUCCACAUUCUCAAACACACUGAGCAGCAUUCCUGACAUCAAGAAUCAUUUUGGUGGACUGACUCCACUAGAAACUGUCCCA